AGCAGUAGACCUAGAUCUAGGCCUGUAUUGAUUGAGCUGAUUGGUUGACAGAAAUCAUGGCAAAUUGUUUUACUUUCAAGGAUGGGGAGCUCUACUGUGAGCAGCUAAAUGUCAAGACUAUUUUAAGCCAGUGUGAGGAGAAAUUUCAAGUCCCCCCAACUCCAGUGUUUGUCUACAGCAAGUCUCAGAUCAACAGCAACAUCAGCGCAUACAUGCAGGCCCUAAAGCAACUCACCUGUGACUACCAGCUCAACUAUGCAGUCAAGGCUAACCCUAACCUGUCUUUACUGAAAGAGAUGAGGUCACUGGGUGUGUCAGCCACACUGAUCAGUGGCCAUGAAAUCAUGUUGGCGCUAGAGGCAGGAUUUGAACCCACAUCUUUGAUGUACAAUGGUGGGGGCAAAUACCCAUGGGAAACAAGGCUGGCUGUAGAGCACAACCUCCUAAUUAAUGUGGACAGUGUUUGGGACUUAAGGCAGACGAUUGAGAUUUGCCAGAAAGAUUUCAAGGAACCACGUCAGGCCAGAGUUAUGCUGAGAUUAAAUCUAAAUAUAGAUCCAGCUGUCCAUAAGUUUGUAAACACUGGAACAGCUGAGAGCAAGUUUGGACUGUCCAGGGAGGAAGCUGACCAAUGUCUGCAGAUCCUGGCAGAACCUGGGUGUCCAGUUGAACUGGUGGGGCUCCAUUCUCACCUGGGCUCUACUAUAUACCAGAGUGAUGUCUUCAGGGCUAGCUUGGAGAAGUUGCUAGAGUUUCAGUCAACUCUCAUCCAACGAGGUUUCAGUAAUGCCAAGAUGGUGAAUAUUGGGGGAGGUCUCGGGAUAGACUACAGAGCCAAUGAGAACCAGACCAAGGCCUGGCGCUGUGAAACACAGAGCAACCAAGCUGAGCUGAAGGCCCUCAAAGAUUCUCUGACCACUGGUCAGUUUGACACUCUGGGAAAUGUGGACCUUCUGAAAACAGCAUUGUCUGAUUAUAUAGAAGAAAGAAUUAGUUUUAGUGACCUGCAAGACACUGUUACAACUGUACUGGCUCAACAGCCACACUUGAAGCAACAAAUUGAAGAGUUUGCUCCCUGUUUGCUGUCAUGUAAGCCAAACUAUGUCAGCCCUGAUGAACUAAUCCAGUCUAUAAGUGACCUGCUUGCUGGGAGGGAGAUUAAGCUAAUCCUGGAGCCUGGCCGUUCACUUGUGGCCAACUCGUGUGUUGUGUUGGCCCGCGUGUUGGGAUGUAAACAAAACACUCACAAAAAGUUUGCUAUUGUGGAUGCCUCCAUGACUGAAAUUAUCCGCCCCUGCCUCUACAGUGCUUAUCAUCAUGUCAGCAUUAUAGAGGGCCCAUAUUCAAGAUGGCAGCCUGACAGCAAGGCUGUCUAUGAUGUUGUGGGCCCAGUUUGUGAGAGCUCUGAUUUUAUUGCCAAAGACCGUCUGCUGCCUGACCCCACAGGUGCGCUAGCUGUUGUACACGAUGUCGGAGCUUACUGUUACAGUAUGGCCUCCAACUACAACAUACGGAUGAGACCAGCAGAGAUAAUGGUGGAUGGUUCAACCUGCUGUCUCAUACGCAGACCAGACACCUUUGAUGACUUCAUGGCACCUUACAGAAACUUACAGUAAAUCUAGGUCCCAGAACCCAUGUGGAACACAGUAAAUCUAGGUCCCAGAACCCAUCUUGAAUAUACAGGAAAUCUAGGUCCCAGAACCCAUCUCGAAUAUACAGGAAAUCUAGGUCCCAGAACCCAUCUUGAAUAUACAGGAAAUCUAGGUCCCAGAACCCAUCUUCAAUAUACAGUAAAUCUAGGUCCCAGAACCCAUCUUGAAUAUACAGGAAAUCUAGGUCCCAGAACCCAUCUUGAAUAUACAGGAAAUCUAGGUCCCAGAACCCAUCUUGUUCAUCUAACUGUAGAACACUUUUAUUUAACCUUAAAAUACUUCAUUCUAAAUGUUAUAUCAAUGUACAUAAGUGAGUUGGUUUAUCUAAAUAAUGUGUUUGAUCCCGGUGGUUUUACCUCAUUAUUGUACAAAUAGACUUAUCCAAAUGGAGUUUAAAAAUGGUUUUAAAGAUAUGAGUAAAUGAUUUAUUUUUUUGCC